AUGACAUUCAACGGGAAUGAUCUAAGGACUCGUAGAAUGAGAACAACAACUAACCAUAGUCUCGAUCUAAGAAAUUUGUUCGGGGACCCAUUUGCUAUAUCUACAAUAUCUAUCGCUAUCAUAUCAUGGGUCAUUGCGAUUGUGGGCUCUAUUGCAGCAGCAUCUACAAAUGAAACUUUUCCAAGGUUUACUUGGUGGGGUAUUGCCUACCAAUUUCUGCUACUAAUCAUUUUGAUUUUGUUAUAUUCAUUUAAUACUGUAGAGUAUUAUAAGAAUUUUUUGACAGGUGCAUUUUCAGUAGCAUUUGUAUAUAAUACUAAUAGUGCUACAAAUCUAGUAUAUGCAACUGGAUCUAAAAAGGCUGCGGCUGCCGCAGGGGUUAUCUUAUUAUCAGUGAUUAAUUUGAUUUGGAUCUUUUAUUACGGUGGCGAUAAUGCGUCACCAACUAAUAGAUGGAUCGAUUCUUUCUCUCUAAAGGGUAUUAAAGUAUCUGCCUAUGAAAAUACUAUAAUGAGAACACGUCGUCGUACUAGUAGAAAUGCGGUCAACAAUAGACGUACCAGUAGAUUCAUGCCAACAAGUCCAGGCUUUAAUAACGUUAAGCACGAAAAUUAUAUGUCUUCAAAUGCAUUGACUGGGUUUGAAAAUGCUGACCCUUCAAUCACACAGAUGAAUGGCUCACAUACAAACAUAGAGAUGGAUACAGGGUUAAGUGAUCAACCUGUCUUAUCGACCGGUUCUAAUAAUAAUACAGAGAAUACUUUUUUGUCUGUAACAUCAAAUGGUUCCGUGUCAGAUGCCACAAUGGGGGAUACUUUAGGUCUCUAUAGUGACAUUGGCGAUGAUAAUUUCAAAUACACCGCAAGAACUUUAUAUUCAUAUCAGGCAGAUGAUGAAGAUCAAUACGAAAUAUCAUUUGAACAAGGCGAAAUAUUGAAAGUUAGUGAUAUCGAAGGUAGAUGGUGGAAAGCAAGAAGAGCUAAUGGAGAAACUGGUAUUAUCCCAAGUAAUUAUGUUCAAUUAAUUGACGAUGAUGCUGAUUUUUAA